GAACAAAACCCUUGGCCAAAAAAAUAGAAAAAACACUUAAGCCAAAAAAAACUUUUCGUGUUUCCCCUUCAGCAUUAUACUCUCUGUACAUCGUCUUCUUCGUCUUUGAUAAUAUGAAAAAGAAGUCCUUAGCCUUGUGAUUCCAAUUUCCGAGGGUUUUUUUAAUUAGGUAUCUAAUCUUUCUUCUUCCUCUUCUUCUUCUGGGCCUUCGCUAGACCCCAAAAUCGAACAAAACAAACCCUAGAUCAUCAAUUGGAGAGAGAGAUGGUAGCUCUUCGUCGGCGAUUCUUUCAAACGGCGCUCUAUCUUGAGGAGAAGAGAUUGACUAAAGAGGAGAAGAGAUUCGAAUCUCACGAGUUUCAAAAUCAGAACCUGAAUCCCUUAGACGAGAUUCACAUGGAGACGAUGGAGCCGACGGAAAAGAAAGAGAAGGAAGUCGCAAUCAAAACCUGCUUAUCCUACUCCUCCUAAUCAACCGGAGUUCAGGUUAUGGAGGAGGUUACUUAGAUCUCUAUCGGUGAUUCAUUGUGGAGGUUUGAUUGACCGUUUUCACCUGUUUCCUUUGUUGGGUUUUUGUCCCUUCUUCCUUCAAUUCUUAUUUCUUAAUCCCUUAACCCGAUUUUUAUUUUUUUUUGUAUAAGUGAUAACUCUCUCUUAUUUUUACAUGGUUUCGAUUUAGAUUCUAGGUUUUUGUUUCAGGUAGCAAUUAUGGUAAUAUUGAUAUUCGUUUAUGAACGAAAAAGUUGGCAUGUGUUAAGACUUAAAAGGAAGGUACCACAAGGUGAGAAGCCAGAACCAGUGAGAACCCACAUGAGGAACAUGAUCAUUCCUGGUGAUCUUGAAAAAUCUCAGCUUGGAUUAGCUUAUAGCUACAGCAGAGCCAAGGUGAAGUUCAGUGUUAACCGAGUGGAUAACAUGGUUAUUCAAGCUAUUUUCCUCCUUGACACCCUUGACAAGGAUAUCAAUUCCUUUGCCAUGAGAGUCAGGGAAUGGUAUUCGUGGCACUUCCCCGAGCUAGUGAAGAUAGUUAAUGACAACUAUCUUUACGCCCGUGUUUUUUUUAUAGCAAUGAAUAAAUGUGUUUUUAGUAUCAAUUGUUCUGAGACGGUUAUUUUCUUACUUGUUGACAGGCCAGGAUUUAUCACCAGUUGACCUGAUCAACGUACAGACCUUUGCUCAGAGAGUUAUGGAUCUUGCUGACUACAGGAAGAAGCUAUAGGAAGAAGCUAACGUACAGACCUAAUUUGGCAACUUUGAUUGGAGAAAUGGAAGGAUGUCUCAGCAAAGAAAAGCAAGAAGAAGAAGGCAAAGGGUGAAGAAGAAGAAGAAGAAGAAGAGGUGGUGGCAAUGGAAGAGGACAAGUCAGAGAAAAAGAAGAAGAAAGAAAAGAGGAAGAUGGAGACAGCAGAGGAGAAUGAAAAAUCAUAGAAGAAGAAAAAGAAAGAGUAAAGCUGGAGGAUAAGAGGAACAUGCUAGUUGUGCUUGUAUAGAGUAUGUAUAAAACUCUAAAUUAAUUAAGAAACACAGCUUAUACAAAUUGCCAUCUUUCUAUAUAACAUUGAAUUGAGGCGCCAUAUGAUAGAUAUCUCUGUGAAUUGAGGCCA